GCAGGACCGGACGUGCGGUGUCCGUUCUUCCCCAGCCUUUUCAUUCUUGCUCCAACAUGGUGUUUCCCGCCUCAGAAAGUCAGGCCUGUUAUUCCCCGGCUGCUCUUGAAGACUUGCGUCCGUUGACCUCCUUCCUCCGGACAGCAGUGAGGUCCAGAGGACGUCACACUGGGACGUUCGAGCUCCCUGCGACACAGCCAGUUGGAGACAGCCCUCGGUGGGGACGGUUGGAAGGUGUUCUCGCUCCCGCGGAGCCGGUGUGCAGGAGGAAACGCGGAGUCCUUAGCCUGGGUCAGAGAAGCUCUAUGGAUCAUGGAAGAUGAAACAAAGAAUAUAAAAAGGGAAAAUGAGUCUACACACAUACUCUCUGAAGAUAUUUAUAGCACACAAGACAGUUUGAUAGGUGAUGUCAACCUUGGGAAUUACUCAGAGAGUGUACAGAAUCAACCAGCUAACACUAGGGUUUCUUCCUCGAGACAAUUUGAACCCAUUUGCAAAUUUCACUGGAUAGAAGCAUUUAAUGAUGAGAUGACAUUUCAAGACCUGGGGGAGGAUUUUUCUUACUCGGAGAAGCCAGAGUUGCAAAGCCAGGAAUAUAAUGAUACAGCAGAUGCCAGCGAGAAGCUAGAUGCAUAUAAGGGAGAAAGUCCAAUGGAAGAUAGCAUUUCUGAAAAUAAAGACCAACUUGUUGAUGAGCACGUCAGGAGAUCUCCUCGAAGUCUUUCUCUGAAUUACUACAGAGGAGAGACGCAGCCAUGUGUGGAAAAGUCACUGGCUAGAAGCACUGUUGUAGAUGUCGCCCUCAACAUCAGUCAGCCACAAAGCUUUCUGUGUAAAGAAAAUGUCUGCGGAAGUGGUGAAGAUGCAUUUGAUGGUGAGAAUUGCUUAGACCUGCUUAACUUCAGAACUAACUAUGAAACAGAGGAGCCUGAAGUUUCUUCAAAAGAAAUAGAGAAUUCUGGGGAGAUUUCUGAGAUGUCAGUUAGUCACCAGGAGGAAGUCACAGAAGAUGGUGUAGACAGCCUAGCCAUUACCUCAUCUUGGUCUCCAGCAGGCAUCUUCAAGAGCAGAUCUCAGGACAAGUGCAUGACGCCUGAUAGGGAGCAAAGCUUUGAAAAUUUGGAGCCUCUGGAAGAGGACAUGGCUUUAAAUGAAGCCUUGCAGAGAUUAAAACAUACUAACAAAAAACAGGAGAAGCAGAUCCAAGACCUCCACGGUAGGAACCUGCACUUAGAAAACAGGCUUAAAGAACUACAGAUGAAGGUCACCAAACAGCAAGUGUUGGUUGACAUCAUAAACAAACUAAAGGAGAACAUGGAGGCGUUAAUUGAUGACAAAUACAAUGUCCUCCUAGAGAAGAAUGAUAUCAACAAGAAAUUUCAGGAUCUGCAGGCGGUUUCGGCUACCGCCAAAAAGCACCUUCAGGAAUCCAAGAAAGACAAGGAGACCUUGCAGCUCCAGGUUAAAAAGAUCAAGGUCCAUUACGUCCGUUUACAGGAAAGGUACAUGGCCGAGAUACAGCAGAGAAACAGAUCGGUCAGCCAGUGCCUGGAGAUAGAGAAGACCUUAAGCCAGAAAGACGAAGAGCUACAGAGACUGCAGCAGCAGAAAGGCGAGCUGGAGAUUGCCACCAGUUCCGCUUUGGGCUUGUUGAAAAGGGAGAAGGAGAUCCGGGAACAAGAGUUCUUGGCCUUUCAGGAGGAAUUCCAGAGGCGGGAAAAGGAGAACCUGAAAGAAAGACGGAAAUUGAAAUCGAGAGUUGAGAAGCUGAUAGCGGAAGUGAAAAGUUUGCUCUUCACCUGUGAGAGCGAGAGAGCUAAAAGUACAAAGCUCCAGCAGCAGGUCGACGAGCUGAAGCAGGAGAAGGAGGAGCUCCAGCAGCAGGCUGCAAAGGGGGAGGCACAAACUUGCACCCCUAACUUUGAGAUAAUCCAGUCCAGGGAGCAGCUGGAGGAAGUGAUGGAGGCAGGCGGCACCCAGGGUACAAAGUGGCUCCAUUCUAAUUUGUUCGUGGAUUGCUCACCUUGUAAAGAGACCCUGGAACUCUCACCUAUGACGAGGACUUCCCCACUGGCCUCUAGAAUCCACAGUCUUUUGGCCCUGACAAUAGGACUUCUCACAUGUCAGGAUACCGUCAUUCCUGAUGCUGAACAUUGUCAAGAAAGUAAGAAAACUAAUGACAUAAUGCUGCAAAAACUGAAGAGCUUUCACCUUAGAAAGAGAGAUUUAGAGAAAGAGUUAUUGAAACAUAAAAACAGAAUUGCAACUCUUAAAGAAUUAAUUGCUCAUGAGAAAGCACUUCCAGAUCACACUACUGAGGUCACAGAUUUUGAUUCGGAAGAAGCCAGGAAUGCCAGAGAUGCACCUGUGUUACUGGCAGUCAAACUGGAUAAAUACCACAAUCUAAAUGAGGAGCUUGAUUUCUUGAUCACAAAGCUGGGGGGCCUUCUAGAGAGCAAAGAAGACCACUACAGCAGACUCAUCGAGGAGAAUAACAAGUACCGAAGACAUGUAGGCAGCUUAGUAAAUAAGGUAACGUCAUAUGAAGAAAUUAUCAAAUGUGCUGACCAAAGACUUGAGAUAUCCCAUUCUCAGAUUGCACAUUUGGAAGAGAGAAAUAGACAUUUGGAAGAUUUUAUUAGAAUGCCCAAAGAGAAAGCCAGAAGGUCAAGACCAAGAUUAGAAAAUCAUCCAAAGUCCAUGACCUUAAUAGGUCAUCUUGAUGGACACUGUAAAGAAUGUUCUAUUUCCGUGUGAACUGACUGUAAUACAUGAUUAAAUACUCAAUUCCUGAAGUUAAUUUAUUUGUAUUGUGUGCACAUGUGUGUGCAUGUACACGUGUAUGUACCCCCACACGCACUUGAGUAUCUAAGGUGGAGGACAAGCUUGGGUGUCCCUUCCCAGGAGUCAUGCAUGUUGUUUUAGGACACAGGGUCUGUCGUUGGUCUAGAAUUUACCAAAUAGGGUAGGCUGGUUGGCCAGCAAGCCCCAGGAAUCCUCCUGUCUCCAUCUCCACAGUGCCGAGACUACAAGCGUGCAGCACUGUGCCCGGCUUUUUUAAAAUGUGGGUGCCAGGAGUGUGAAUCAGGUCCCCGCACUUGCACACCAAACAUGUGACUCUUUGACGUUCUAUCCUGCUUGGUUUCCUGCCUCCAGGUUUGCCCUCACCCCAUUCCAUCCCUUCAUCAAAUCCCCAACGAUAGCUGUUGAUCUCCAUGCUCUGUUGGUGGACAUCAUUUCCUCUCACAAAGUCAGUCAGUCAGGUGCAAGCGCGAGUUUGUGGGGAGUGCGUGACUGGUUCUGAAAGACACGCUGACUGAGUCAAGCUGUCACCACGUCUGUCUUUGCUGGAGAACUCUAUAAGGCAGGGCCUAUCUGAACUUGGAAACAGAAAAUGUGGUGUUUGCUGAGCCUUGGAACAGUUGGACAAGGUGGUUCACCAGAACCUCUCCUAGGGGUUCAGACAACUGCUGUCUUUGGGGAGGCGGGUCACAUGACAUGGCUGGGUGGAUGGCAGGCUUAAGAGCUUGGAGGGCUCUGGACAGGUGAGGUGCAGGGGGAAGAGGAGACCCACCCGGACAGCACUGGGUCAGUUGAGAUUGACAUGCUCAGCAAUUCAACUAACUCACUUUAAAGAACCAAAAGGGAACAAUGAUAAAAAUCAGAAUAUUUUUUCAAUCGUAUAAAAACAUGGAACAUAACUUGUGACCAGUUAAGAGAGCUGCAGCCAUAGCGGUGUCUCCGUUCAGUAAGGUGAGCAUGAGAGCUGUGAAGCCACCCAAGCAUAAGAAGAGCCCUUCCUCAUAAUCCAAGGAUCCUCUAGGAAAAUCGAAUGUGCUGGGGGAAGGGAACUAUUACAAAGACAGCUAUGUCUGGAGGCUUCACACUGAAGGGAUGAAACAAGUGAAGGAAAGCCAGCCCAGACUGUCCAAAAGCAGGACUCUGCAGAACCCUGACUUAAGUUAUGCACUAGGAGGAUUUCCUACAGGAGGAUACCUACAGGGUAUCUCAAAAUAAAUACACCUCCCUUGGCACGUGGCUUCAGGAAACACUAAGUGGGCACUUCUCCCUUGGAGCCCUUUCCACGCUCAGGGGUUCUUCCUCACUUCUUCACAAAUCUAUGGUUGCUCUGCUUUUUUAAAAAGGGGGAGUGGGAAGCUAGGCAUGACGGUGCAUGCCUUUAAUCCUAGCACUCAGGAAGCAGAGGCAGAGUUUGAGGCCAGCCUGCUCUACAUAGCAAGUUCCAGAGAUGCUGAGGAUGCAAAGAAAAACAGGUAAAGAUCACAAGGACACUUAGAUGAGGAACUGUUCACGACCCCUGCACAGAGGGAUGGUCCCGUGCUAGAGGAGCUUGUGGGAAGUAGCCCUGGCCUGUAGAGAGGCCCGGGAAAGACAUCACAGAAAUCCUGGUACCUGAGCAGGAUCCUCAACCCUGUCUGGGUAGUCUCAGGUUGAAAGAAGAAAGCCAAACAUGUGGAAUACAUGCAGGUCUGAGAUGACUGACUAUCCUGGACCCACAAGUCAGGUUUGAAACCCAAGCUCUUCCAGUGACGAGAGAUGAGGGUGAUCAUGAAGAACAAGAAAUGCCAAUCUAGAAAACUUAAACUUGGUCCCAAGAGCCCUUGGAGGGACUUGAAGUGGGGAAGCGAUGUGGAACAUGCUCUUUUGAAAGACCCCCUUACUAAUGACACAUAGAGGAGGCAGAUGGAGGUGACAGCAGAAUCCAGCUACGUUUUCAGGCAAGAGAAACUGUGCCCAAGAACUAAAACCGUGACUGUGGACAUAAAGAACAUGGUAGUUUGAAUGUGAUUGGCCCCCAUAAUCUUAUAGGGAAUGUGGCACUAUUAGCAGGUAUGGCUUUGUUAGAAUGGGUAUGGCCUGGUUAGAGGAAGUGUGUCACUGUGGGGGUGGGCUUUGAUGUUCCUAUGCUCAGGAUACUGCCCAGUGUCUCAGUCAACUUCCUGUCGCCUGUAAGAUGUAGGACUCUCAGCUACUCCUCCAGCACUACAUCUGCCUGCAUGCCACCAUGCUCCCCGUCUUGAUGAUCACAGACUAAACCUCUGAAACUGUAAGCUGCCACGUCAAUUAAAUGUUUUUCCUUUAUAAGAGUUGCUGUGGUCAUGGUGUCUCUUCCCAGCAGUAAAAACCCUAAGUAAGACAAAGGGAGAUGUGAAGCUGCAAGAGAUCUCCCAAGUAAAGUGAAAGGGAUGUGGUAACCAGUUAGCGGUAGACAUGGAGAGAAGGAUUCCAGGUGCUGGGGAGAGUUCUGUGUGGAUGGUAGUUGCCUUAACAGGAAAGAGGGUCAAGGCCAAGUGUGAUGGUGCAGGCCUAUAAUUCCAGUACUCUGAUGGUUGAGGCAGGAGGACUGCUGCAGUAGUAGAUUCUUGUUGGGAUCGCUAGCUCACAAAUAACAACAUGGAGACUUAUUAUUAAUUAUCAAAGCUUGGCCUUAGCUUAUGCUUGUUUCUAACUAGUUCUUAUAACUUACAUUAACCAAUAAUUUUUAAUCUACAUUCUCUCACGAGGCUUGUCACCUCAUCUCUGUACUGCCCAUCCUGUUUCCUCCAUGUCUGACUGGUGACUCUACCUUUCUUCUUCCCCAAGUUCUUUCUCUGCCUGGAAGUCCUGACUGUACUCUCCUGCCUAGCUAUUGGCCGUUCGGCUUUUUAUUACACCAAUCACAGCAAUGCAUCUUCACACAGUGUACAAAUAUCCCACAACACACUGCCAUGAGUUUGAGGCUAGCCUGGGCUACAUAGUGAGUUUGAGGCCAGCCUGGGACACACAGUAAAAUCCUGUCUCAAAAGAAAACAGGUAAGAGGGACAGCAGGUUUUCAGAGAGGCAUGCAGAGCUUGAGAGGAAGUUGAAGAAACAGCACAGCAUGCUUUACUGGGCCUGAAGGAAAGAGCAAGGGAAACUGAUGGAACAAGGCCUUGGAGAAGAGUGACCAGCUUCCAUAGCACAGCCUAGGGACGGACAGGCUGGAAGACGGGAAAUCCAGGCAGUGAACUAAACAGGAGUAAGAGACUGAAGGUUUGCCUCUCACCUUGGGGCUAAGAGGCUCAGGGACAAGGCAAAGGUUGGCUGUGGCCCCUGCUUCUACCUUCAAGGCGCCAAGCUUGGCUGCAUCUCAGGAGUCCCUCCCACACCCAUUCCUGUGCACUCACUAUGCACUCCCCUGGCUUAGUCUCUUUUCCCCUUGAUUUGGACACUUUAUGUCUCCUCCAUGUCGUACUCCACCACUUUCACCAUCUCACACUUAGAAAUUAUAAUUAUUGAAUUCUUACCCUAUCUUUAAAAAAUUCUUACAUGAUUUCUCUCCUCUAACACUCCAUUGACCUUCUGAGAGGCUGUUACAGCCACAAAGCACUUUGAUGUAGUCUUAAGUAGGCUAUCUAAACUCAGGGUGUUUAUGGUAAAUAUUUUCCCAUAAUGUCUACUAGUCUUCAUAACUCAUUCUGAAGACUAUAUAAUAUUCCAUAGAAUACAUAUAUGUAUAUCUAUUUACUGAAUUCUAUUUUGUGCACAGAUUUUUCAAGUCUUUACUCCAUAGUCCAACAUCUACCACCUUCAAUGCUCUGGCUCCAAGUGAUGGAUACUUUUGUCCACAUGAUUUUCUUUUUCUAAAAUGUUAUUUCUUUCAGACAUUCUUCUUUUACCCCUAUCACCCAGUUAGUUCCUCAUACUCAAAACAUGCAUCUUUCAAGGUUUAGUUUAAAUAUCUGAACAUAAACCUCUUCCUUUUUGUUUUUCAAGUCUUACUAUGUAGUCCAUGCUAUCCUUGAAUUGCCAAUCUUCCUGCCUCUGCCUCUCAUGUACUACGAUUACAGGCAUGUACCAUCACACCCAGUUUAUCUGACUUUAAUGGCACUUAGCGCAGUCUUUGUUAAACUAUAGAACAAGAGACAAUAGAAAUGACAAAAAGAGUCCUCAACACAAAUCGUAAGGCUUGGGUUCAAGUCUUGGAAUCUUGAUGUUUUAGCGUUUCAGAUCAUAUGACAUGAUGUGUCUUAGCAUUUCGAGGGCCUGCUGAGUGGCAAAUUAAAUUUGGAUUUAGUCCCCAAAGGGAAUAACAAACAGAAUGAUGGGGAGACUUGGAAGGGGUACGGAGAGAAAAAAUUCAGAUUUAAUAGUGACCACUACUCCUUUGUUAAGCAUGUGCUCUAUCACUGAGCUACAUACGCAGCCCUCAGACAUGUUAUUUAUUUACUUACUUACUUGGUGCUGGGGAUUGAACCUAGGGUCUCAUGCGUGCCCUGUGAGAGUUCUACCACUGAAUAGUUAUCUGAGACAGGGUCUCCCUAUAGCUGCCCAGGCAGUCCUUGGAUUUGCGAUCCUCCUGCCUCAGUCUUUUGAGCAUCUGUGAUUACAAGGCUGUGCCACCAGGUCCUGCCAGAUGUGCUCUUAGUUUAUUAUCUCAGCUGGCUCGGCUAAGUGGCAGCGGUCCCAGAAGCAUGCUUUUAUUUCCAUUUACGCUGCAUGCUGGGAACUGGUGUGAUGGUCCUUUCAAUAACCAAGCAAGCAUGUCUGUUCAUUCCAUGCGCACUUUCAGAGGCCAUGUGUUGAUCAUCUGGCUCACACAUACCUUCUCACUCCAAAAGGACCACGCUGGCACUUUGAAUCCUGGCUAUGUCAGUUCAGACCUGCAGUCAUCAAUUCUCAGGAAGUUUGGGAGUCCCUUUCUCCAAAGCAUGAUGGCUAUGUGUGGUGGUGUGAAGAAGAAUGGACCCUGUAGGCUGAUAUAUUUGAAUACUCAGUCACCAGAGAAUGGAACUCUUUGACAGGAUUAGAGGAUUAUGAGGUGCAGCCUUGUUGGAGGAAGUGUGCCACUGGUAGUGAGCUUUGACGUUACCCAAGUGCGUGUCAGGGCUCCGUCCUGCCCCACCCCGCAGCUUGCAGAUCAGAAUGUAGCUCUUAGCUACUUCACCACCACCUGCCUACCACCAUGCUCCGCCAUGAUGGUGAUGGACGAAGCCCCUGCGACAGGCCCCAAGUUAAGAGCAAGCCCCCAAUUAAAUGCCAGAGGGUCACAUUGGUCUUGGUGUCUCCUCACUGUCCUUUUAUAGCGAUAGAACAGUGACUAAGAUACUGUGUAAAUGGCCAUGAGCCUCUGAGGGACAAUGGAUGUGAGGUGGGUAUCUGAACAGUGGUUGUUGUGGUGUCUCACGGGUGUCACAUGAGCCUGGCUUCUGCUUUAGUUACUAGGUUCUGGCCUUGGGAAUUGGCUCGGGCCCAGCUGGGGUGGGCCGUCUGUUUUAGUCUGACUCUGCUGCUGCAACAAAAUAUCUGAAGCUGUGUGAUUUGUAAAGAACAUAAAUUUAUUCCUCAUAUCUGGAGUUUCGAGUACAAGACGCCGUCACUGAUGGAUUUGGUGCCUGGUGAGGGCCCAGGCACUGCCUACAAGAUGGCAUGUGGUUCCUGUGCCCUCUGGAGAGGUUGAAUGCUGUAUUCUCACCCUGCACAAAAGACAGAAGGGGA